GAGCACAUGGCCAUGCCAUAGAAAUGUAAAUUUUUCAAUGCAGUAGUUGUCUUGUGCUUGCGUUUGAAUGACAACGGAAUUGCUUUUUAGUCGGGGUUUUUCAAGCGAUUCGAAGCGGAUGUGCGCCACUGAACACACCGAAGAACUGUGAAAUGAUGAAUAAUCGCCGAUUUCGCGCUGGAAAAGUGGUUUUUGUCUUUUUUAAAGAAGUUUUGUGACGUUAGAAAUAUUCGAUGUUUGUAGUGGUCAAAGAUGGCUCGGAGAGUACCCGCGGAUGCAAAAAACGGAAGUAGACCAGUUAGUUUUUACGACAAUUGUCUGGAAAACGGAAACAAUACGGAAAGCCUUGUAAAGGAGACACAGUUUGAUAGUAGUCCGACGCAAGCACAUUGUUUGAUGACUACAGUGCCCCAAAAUAUUGCCGCACAGAAUAUCGCAAGUAAACAUACGCCCAAUAGGAACAGUCUGAGGCAUAGUCGGAUGAUUGCGAUGAAUAAAAAUGGACGAGUACCAAGAAAAUACUUACCUGCAAUAUUCCGAUAUCACAAAUUAGCCAAAGCUCUGCUAGGCUUAAUAUUACUCUUAGGCUUAUCAAUAUGUUUUUUGUCCCUUUGGCUACUAAUAUGGACCCCAAACAUACGACAACGAGACAAUCCUCACUGGAGCGGAAUACCAGUACUACUUUCGGGCAUAGUCGGCAUGGUACUGGUUUGCUGCUUUCGUAAGGAGCACCCAGGCAUGAAAAAAAAUUACUUCGUCUACGCCGUCAAGGUAUUGAGUGUGACUUUGAGCACUAUUGGGGCAAUUUCCGCAUUUACGGCUUCUGCUUUCGCCGUUAUCCACUUGGUGGCGCUGUAUAGCAUGACCUGUACUCCCCCCGGCCAACUCGACACCACCUGUAUGUGCUUCAAAAACGACACUCUCCCCGCCCAAAGUUACCAUUAUGUCGACUUGAGUUGUCUCGAAGUUGACAACAUUCUCACCAUUCUUAUCAUUUUCUCGUGCGCUGCGAAUCUCAUCGUCGGGGUGAUGGAAGUGUGGUAUGUUUAUCUGCACUGGGCCAGUAGAUACGUCUACACUUAUUCCAAAGUGAGGACGGAAAACGACCAACCGACUGUUCUACAGAACCCGAGAUAAUUUAGUACCUGUGUGUUGUCCCAAAGAUUUCUAUAUUUGUUCGAUUCGUUGUUGGUAGGACUUGUUAUAAAUAAAAGAGUUGCGUAUU